AUCAAGGGCCGGACCAUCCGGGUGGACCACGUGGCCAACUACCGUCCCCCCAAGGAGUCGGAGGACUGGGAUGAUGUGACCAGAGCCCUCCACGCCAAGGGCUGUGGGGUCAAAACGCCUCCUCACACCUCAUCUGAAUCCCUGUCAGAGGAUGAGGAUGUGCCUGUGAAAAAGCAGAAAGAGAAGCAGCGGAGCAGAGUGGAGCGGCAGAAGCCGAGCCCACUGGCUGGGAAGCGAGCAAGCACAGAGGAGUCACAGCCCAGGAUCAAGAUUAAGAAGGAAAAGGAGGAUCCUGGCUAUGAGCGCUACGCCAGCGGAAGCCAGCUGCCCCCCCGGGGCUCCGACAGGAACCCUGGGAGCAGGACACAGCGGGAGGAGGAGGAGCGGCGGCACCAGCGGCCCACGGAGAGGAGAGGGGACAAGAGCUGCCAGGAGCAGAGGGGACAGAGCAGCUCCUGGGAAGAUCGGGAAAAGAGGGAGGAGACGGGCAGGAGGAGCAACGGGCACAGCAGUCGGCGAGAUGUGUCCCCCAGGGGAGGCAGAUCCUGGGAAUCUCAUUCCAGGCACAGGGAGCAGGCCUUUUCCAGAGACUCUGGCCGCUCCUGA